AGCUUCGACUCGCUAGUCCGACUAGUUUCACGCUGACAACAUCAAUGCUAAUAUCCGUUAGCUCGGUUAGCUCGCGUUUGGAUUUACGGCGUCCCGAGAGACCAGUACUGUUUAUUUGUGGGCAGACGAUGCUAAGAGAGCGUUACCUGUCUGUACAGGUUCACGGCACUUUGACUCGGAAAGUGAAAGCAGAGUCUGGAGAGGUGUGGUGCCGGGGACUUCAGGGUCUCAUGGACGUGUUGUGGACGUCAUGACGGCUCUCAUCUGGACGCUCGUGUGGCUGCUUCAGGUCCUGCCAGCUGUGAGUCAACUCCCCAAGCCUGUCAACUUGUCCCUGUUCUCAAGAAAUUUCCAUCACAUGCUGACGUGGGCACCUGGUCCAGGAUCACCCACGGGAGUCUACUACCGUGUCGAGGUCGCCGAGUCGAGCCAGGAUAAGUUUGCGGCAGUCACCGGCUGCGAGCGUGUUCGGCACCCCCUGGUUUGCAACCUGACGCAGGCCUUCUCCGACAAGAUGGCUUCCUACUUUACCCAGGUUACAGCACAGCUGGACACACAGACGUCACCAUCAGCCAGCUGCCCCUCAUUCGAACCCAGCAGAGACACUGAACUGGACCUGCCGCUGCUGACCAUGACGCCCUGUGGCAAACAUUUGUGUGUGGACCUUCAGCCUCCCAUGGAGCACCUGAGGAACUUCUAUGAGAUUAUUGAGUACAAGCUCAGGAUCAAGUACGGCGAUGUGGAAAGAGAGCAGAGCACCAAGUCCCUGACAAGGCUGGUUUUCCAGGAUCUGAGCCCCGGCAGGCGGUACUGUGUCUCAGUCUGCUUCUCAGACAGUGUGCUGAUCAGGAAGUCCAACUACAGCCAACCUGUGUGUGCCUUCACCCUGGGCGGCUAUAACAAAGACGCUCUCAUCUCGGCCCUGCUGUCUGUGCUGGUGAUGUUCGUCUUGGUCGUCGUGGCCCUGCUGGUCGCUGCUGGUUACGUCUGCCUGACAGGGAGACAGCCGCCCUGGGUCCUGACGUCCAUCUUUCAUGCAGACAGCGCUCUGGUCCUUGUCCCUCAGAGCACGUCCUUCACCUCCCUCCUCUAUGUUGAAUCAACACUGCCCUCUACAGGCGAGAACGGGAGCAACCAGAAGCCGUCAGACGAGAGCGAUGCCGAGAGUGAGAGCAGCGAGAGUGAAGGUGACUAUCAGCUGCGCCUGGCCGCUGACCUCCUCUCUUCCUGCUCUCCGUCUUUGUUGCCUUUGUCGGCUCCUGUGCCUCUCGAGCCGGAGCCCGACACGAACUCAGAUCCAACAUCAGACUCGGUCGGCCCUCAUCCUGUCGCCGAGACCCGAUCCGGUGGUGCACUGAGCGACGUUAGGAACACACAACCACAUCCUCCUGCUGGCGGUUUGCCCGAUAAAAAGGAGGAGGAGGAGGAGUUGAGUAAGGAGGAGAAGGUGGGAGACAGAGGCAGCCAGGGUGUGGACCUCCUCACGUUAACCUUUGGCAGGGAGGAGGAGGAGGUGGAGGAGGAGGAGGUGGUGGUGGAAGAGAAAUCACAGGUUGAGCCCUCAGCUCCAGCAGGCGCUGCUCCAGUCCUGUCCUCACAAACGUGGGACAUGGAGGAAGCUGCUUCGGAAACAGUUUCCUGUUCUGAGGACGAGGACGAGGACUCUGGAUAUAUCGGCCGUCCAUGCACACGAGAUCUGAAGAACUUGUUAUAGAAGUCUUUUUGAUGAUUUAAUGAUGUGUUGAAAUCCAGACGGACUCACAGUACAGUUUUAGGUCAUGAAGUUUGUUCUUCCAGCUAAAGUCGUAGCUUUAGGAGUGUGGAAGCGCAUCAUAGUGUGAUAAAACAACCUUUCUGUGGUUCGUUAUAAUGAGAAACCUGCAGUCACACUGAGAAGGUCUCUCUUCCUCACCACUCACACGAUGCCUUUGUUCUGGUCAUGUUGCUCUCCAGCUUUCCAGCUUUCCUCGCAAUGUAUUUUGCACAAACAAAAAGACAUUUCCGGUCUCCUGCGUGCUUCGUCGUCCUCCGGUCAGGUUGAUCCCACCGUGACUGCACCAAGAUGAAGUUUGAGUUUGCUCCUGUCCACAGAGGAACACAAACGCACCACAAACACACCACAGACUGAUGUGGACACGAGCCGUCCUGCGGACUUUUAGGGCAUUGUGGCAAUGUGGUUGGAGAUUGUUGUCUGAUUUGACAUCACGUGGAGCGACAGAUGCAGCGACAUUAAAGCAACUGAAUAUGUACUGAAUAUCACUGAUGUGAAAGGAAAAAUACUAUUUUGCACAAACUGUCCUCACGAUGAGUACUGUACUGUACUGUACUGUUUUUACUGUCCUUGAUUUAUUAAUCAGCAGCUUUUUGAUGUUGUGCUGGACUUUGUCAGUUCAGUCCAGAAUCUGAACUCCGUGAAAGUAUUUUUAUUUGCAGCUAGGGGUGGGGGGACAAAAAACUGAUACUUGAGGUUUUAGUCUCGAUGUUCUCUGGUCACAUCGCGGCCCUCGGGUGGACUCCUGAGGUGCCUCGAGGUUCCUCCUCCAGUCACAGACCUCGUUGUAAAAGCUGUUCUGUGUUUGUUUCUGCAAUUUUUCACUUUCUCACAUGAGUGUGAGAAAUGUCAUGUAAAACACAAGUUUGGGUGAUCUAACAUCAUGUAUGAUUCAGCAGCUGAGAGCCUGAGGAUCCUGUCAGACAUGUGACUGAGUGGGUGGAGCUUUCACAGAGCCGUGUCUUUAUGUUCCCAUGUGCGCCAUUGACAUGUCACUCAGCCAAGCCCCAAACACCAAAGCAACACGUGUGUUAUGACAGGCUGCACACAACUUUAUUUCAACAGUACAAUUCAAUUCCGUGUUUGUGACAUUUUUGUAUUUUCAAAUUCACUGCAUUCACAUUCCUGUAAGUCAGUAUUCAGCCAUUUCACAACCAAUAAAGUUACAUGUUUCGUCA